ACGGACGAUAUGGAUGCUCUAAGAUACUUAAACGAUAUACGAGCAUAUCGCCGUCGUCAAUGUUAUGACGGUGCAGGCAACAAAUGUCAGAGGAAAGAUGAAGGUUUAAGUAAACUUUGUUAUCGGAAAAUUUUUAUUGAUGGUAUUGGUAAAGAGGAUUAA